GAUAAGUGAUCUAAAGGGGAGACGAUAGGACAAAAAAAAGAGGAGUGAUGAUGAUGAAUACAUUGGAAAGUUUUUUGGCCCCGACGCGGGUGUCAGAUUGAAUGGCCUGUGCGCAUGUGCGAAGGUGUCCGGACUGACAAUGCGCGUGAGAUGAAGACAGCGCUGCCGCCGCCGCCGCUGCUGCUCGUGCGCUCGAGGAGGACGACGGGGAUCCGCGCGCCGCCGCCGAGAUGAGGUCCAAGGCGAGGGCGAGGAAGCUGGCCAAAAAUGACAGUGAGGCGGUGGAUAACAUGUAUGAGAAGGAGCUCAACCUUCCCGCUGGGGAGAGUGCAGAGGAGGAGACGGAGGACAGCAUUAUGUCCCCCAUCCCGGUGGGCCCUCUGUCGCCCCUGCCCAACGAUGAGGACCUCACGCCCAAGGAGGGCUCCCCCUACGAGGUGCCCGUCUACAUUCCUGAUGACAUUCCCAUCCCCAGCGAUCUGGAGCUCCGCGAGUCCUCUGUGCCUGGGGCAGGGCUCGGGAUAUGGGCCAAGGCCAAGAUCUGUCUCGGAGAGCGCUUCGGCCCCUACAGCGGAAUGCAGAACGUCACGGUCAAAGACGCCACGUUCGGAUGGGAGCAAAUGCUGAAUGACCACGACAUCGCGACACGAGACAGCUGCAUCAAGAAGGUGGUGGACAGCAUGGGCAAUGUGAAGUUCUGCGUGGACUCCGGCCUGGAGGGCAACAACAGCUGGCUGAAAUACGUCCGCACAGCCCCCACCUACGAGGAGCAGAACCUGGCUGUGUGUCACCUGAAUGGGGACCAGAUUUACUACAAGGCCAUAAGGGAUAUCGACGCUGGGGAGGAGCUCCUGGUUUUCACCAAGGACGGAGUCUUCCCGGAGGAGUCCAUGGCCCCCAACGUGGAGGACGAGCAGACGUACCGGUGCGAGGACUGCGACGAGCUCUUCCCGUCCAAGCCGGACCUUCGGCGGCACCAGAAGUACUCAUGCAACAGCGCCGGCUCCAUCUUCGAAACGCUCAACAAGGACUUCAAACAGGAGCGGGAGGACCCCGACGAACCCGUGCACGAGUGCAAGGACUGCGAGAAGAUCUUCCCCAACGAGUACAGCCUCGGCCAGCACAUGAUUGUCCACACGGAGGAGCGUGAGUACAAGUGUGACCAGUGCCCCAAAGCCUUCAACUGGAAGUCCAAUCUCAUCCGUCAUCAGAUGUCCCACGACAGCGGCAAGCGGUUUGAGUGCGAGAAUUGCGACAAGGUCUUCACGGACCCCAGCAACCUACAGCGACACAUCCGCUCGCAGCACGUGGGGGCGCGCGCUCACACCUGCCCGGAGUGUGGCAAGACCUUCGCCACCUCCUCCGGGCUCAAGCAGCACAAGCACAUUCACAGCAGUGUCAAGCCUUUCAUCUGUAAGUGCGAGCCGCCGUGCCUAGGCCUCAGAUAUAAUUACCCAAAGGCUUCCCGUCUAACACCAUCCCGAGCCGGUGACAGCCAUAACGUUAUAGGCGAGGUGUGUCACAAGUCCUACACGCAGUUCUCCAACCUUUGCCGCCAUAAGCGGAUGCACGCGGACUGCCGCACCCAGAUCAAGUGCAAGGACUGCGGGCAAAUGUUCAGCACUACCUCCUCCCUCAACAAGCAUCGCCGCUUCUGCGAGGGCAAAAACCAUUACAGCCCCGGGGGCAUGUUCGCCGCCGGCAUCCCCAUGACCUCCAGCCCUAUCAUGGGCAAGACAAAAUCGCACCAUGGCCUCAACCACACCGGACUGGGGUUCGGCGAUUACUUUCCCUCACGACCGCACCAUGCGGGGCUGCCCUUCUCCCCGAGCGGCCCCGCGUUCCCCGCUUUACCCCACGGCUUCCCCGGUAUCUUUCCCCCUUCGCUGUACCCCAGGCCCCCUCUCCUGCCCCCAAACCCCUUACUGAAAACCCCGCUGGGUGGCAGCCAGGAGGGGAAGAUCCCCGCCGGGCCCCUGGAUCAACCCGCCCUGUCUAUGGUCUCCUCGGCGAACAACAACGGGGCCGGCAGCCACAGCAACCCCUCUGACGAGAAGCCCGAGCACAAGUUGGACGCGCCCUACGCCGAUGGCAAAUCCAAGCUUAAGGUGAGCGACAUGUCGGACGCGAGCGACCUGGAGGAUGUCAACACCACCAGCGGCACUGACCUGGACACCACCACCGGCACCGUGUCGGGCUCAGACCUAGACAGCGACGCCGAGAGCGAGCGCGAACGCGACAAGGCCCGCCGAAAGGCCGCGGCCGAGCCCAAGCAGGACGACGUCAGCAGCAGCUCCGUGUCUGUCUCCAGCUCGGCCCACCUACCCUGCGACAGGCCUUUCAUUUCCUCCCAGCAUUCCUUUUUCCCUCCACCAGACGAGCAGGCCUUGCCAGCCACUGGUGCUGCCACUGACUCCAUUAAGGCCAUUGCCUCCAUCGCUGAGAAGUACUUUGGUCCCGGCUUCAUGGGUCUGCAAGAGAAGAAGAUAGGCUCUCUUCCGUACCAUUCUAUGUUCCCCUUCCAGUUCUUGCCCAACUUCCCACACUCCUUAUACCCCUUCACGGACCGGGCUCUCAACCCCGGUGUUUUCUUCAAGGCGGAGCCCAAGUCUCCUCGGGACCACCCGCAGAAGAUUGGUGCCCCGCCGGGCUCGGAGUCGCCUUUUGACCUCACCACCAAGCCCAAGGAGAUCAAGCCUCCCCAGCCUGCCAGCAAGCCACCUGCCCCCCUAAGUGCCCCCGCCCUGGGCGGGGAGGAACAGCCACUGGACCUCAGCAUUGGUAGCCGCAGCCGAGCCAACCACAAUGGCAACACCCCUGAGCAGCGCCGGAACCAUGUGUAUGGCGACAGCAAAGUUGUGUCCAAGGAUGACCCGCCCAGCCUGCCACAACCCCAGCCCCAAGCUCUCCACCAGCCCCCGCUGCCCCAGCACCAGCAAGCCCUGCCCCAGCCCCCCCAGCCCCAGCAGCAACCCCCACUGCAUUACGCUAAGCCCUCCCCAUUUUUCAUGGACCCAAUCUACAGCAGGGUGGAGAAGAGGAAACUGAUUGACCCAGUGGGAGCUCUUAAGGAGAAGUAUCUGAGGCCUUCUCCGCUGCUCUUUCACCCUCAGAUGUCUGCCAUGGAGAACAUGACGGAAAAGCUGGACAGCUUCAACCCCCUGAAGCUGGAUGGCCCGGGCUCCCUGGCGCACUCUUCUCACCCACUGUUCAGCUUCCGUUCCCCACCCCCCUCGCUCCCAGACGCCAUCCUGCGCAAAGGCAAGGAACGUUACACCUGCAGGUACUGUGGGAAAAUCUUUCCCAGGUCGGCUAAUCUCACCAGGCACUUGCGGACGCACACAGGGGAGCAGCCUUACAGAUGUAAAUACUGUGACCGGUCGUUCAGCAUCUCCUCGAACCUCCAGCGCCACGUGCGCAACAUCCACAACAAGGAGAAGCCCUUCAAGUGUCACCUGUGCAACCGCUGCUUCGGCCAGCAGACCAACCUCGACCGCCACCUCAAGAAGCACGAGCACGAGAACAUCCCAGUGAGUCAGCAUUCGGGGAUCCUGUCGAACCUGGGAACGAACAUCUCGUCUCCGACCUCGGAGCCGGACAAUCACGCACUUUUGGAUGAGAAGGAGGACUCCUACUUUUCCGAGAUCCGCAACUUCAUUUCCAACAGCGAGCUGAACCAAGCCUCCAGCUCCACCGAUAAAAGGCCUGAUGUUCCGGAGGAGGACCGCACCCAGAGCCACGCCCUCUCGCGAGCCAAGCUGAGCAGCGGAGGCGCCGAGGAGGACGACGACGAGCUGGAGGGAGACGACGAAGACGAGGAUGGAAGCCUGACGGAGAAAUCCCAGGACGAGGUCGUGUCUCCGGCCCCCGCCCCACGCAGCUCUUACGAAGACGAGGAGGAGCCCGGGCCUCUCUCCAUGGCCUACGACCACACCCGGAGGUGUAUUGAGGAGGAGGAUGCAGGCCUCUUAGACCUGGAGCCCAUCCCGGGCUUCGCCAAGGGCCUGGAUCUCCAUAAAGCCGCUGAAGAGCCCUUUGACGUUAAAGACAUUUUUAACACCUCCCUAGAGUCGGAGGCGCUGAAAGAGACGCUGUACAGGCAGGCUAAAACCCAGGCUUAUGCAAUGAUGCUGUCUCUGUCCGAAAACAACGCCCUGCACGCGCCCUCGCAGAACUCUCUGGACGCCUGGUUGAAUAUCGGGGGCGGCCCGUCGGAGACCACCGGCUUCCACCCACUCAACCACAUCUAGGAGGACGAGGGGGGGGAGGGGCAGUGCGGGGGGUGUCGGGGGUCGGGGGACAAACGCGGACAGUGACUGUAGAACCAGAACGGGACUGGGCGGUCGCACCCCACCCAACCAACCACGCAACCACGCAACCACGCACCCACCCACGCAGGGGGCUCCAGAGACCCGAGAGAGAGAAAAAGAGAUAGAGCGAGAGAGGUAGGUCUACUCAUCCCACCAACCAAUCAGCACUGAGAUCAUUCCGGAAGCCGACUCUGGCGGGAAGCGGAAACGGAAACGAGCCGCCUCUUGUUUAGCCGUGGCUGUGAGGGUGUGCGGGUCUAAAGCUCUUUGGCUGUCCCGACGAGCACGGCCGCACGAAACCGGCUUCUAACACGGAUGACCUGAUACUCCCACAGACCGCCGUGGCUCUCGGAGGAGGAGGAGGAGGAAGCGGAGGAAACCCUGCCGCGGAAGAGCGCGGUCAGAACCGGCACCGCCGGCCGUUCACACACUCGGCCCACUGGCACUCGCUCGCCUCUGUGUGAACAGCAAAAGCAGCUAAAUCCUAAUAUUGAGAAUAAAGACCAUAAUAAUAUAAGGACUGAAGAGAACCCCAGGGCCUGCGAGCCGGAAACGCAUCCAGCGACUCUAGGGUAUUAGCACCACCGCAACGCAGAAACAAUUCUUCUAUGAAGGCACAUUCUUCGAUUCGAAUUAGUUUCUCGACGUUUUCUCUCUUUUUUCCCCCCCUCGUUUUGCUAUUUGUUCUAUAAGCAGUAUUGUUUCGUUUGUAGGCACUGCGGUGCUCAAAUGUUAAUAUAAUUAUUUAGUGAAGGACCAAAAUUGUAUGAUAUGUUGUAUGAUGUACAAAGUAACCGGCGCGUGCGCGGCCACAGUGCGUGGUGUGCGUGUGUGUGUGCGCGCGCGCGCGUGCCAAAUGACCCGUUCCGUUCUUUUCCGUGCCGUUCUCCGACAAUCAUUCGCGUUCGAACGGUUCCUGGUCGUUCUCUAAUCGCUUCCUUGUACUUUUUGUUUUGAUUCUAUUUAUUUUCGGUCAGGUCAGGAACGUGAUGAAUGGAAAGACCCCCUUUUAGCCCACGUGGAUCUUUUUGUUAUUGUUGUUCUGAAGGAAUUAAAUAUCCCCAAACGGUGUGUGCGUGGUCGAGAUUGUGAAUCUCGCGCGCCGAGGCUGUCGGGAAGGGCAGAGACCGACGUGCCAAAUUAAUGACACAUCAAAAAUCAGAUCAUUUUAUUCUGUUGCAACCUGAAGGCUCAGUUCUGCUUCACAUGUUUAUUUGAAGUGUUUGUUGUGCCGUUUGCUUUGACCUGAUGUCCUUCAGCAGUUUUAUUUUGUAUGCAGUGUUUUUUUUUUUUUUUUCUUUUUUUUCAUGUGGAGGGGUAAUGGUCAAAGUUUUAAGGUCAGGAGGCGUUGACCUUCCCUUCCCUUCAGGGUGCUCUUAUCCAGAGACCCAGAGUCAGCAAAGUGGGGUAACAUGUUCUCCUCUCCAUGGACCGCUGACUCCUGUGUUUUGUCACAUCACAUGUUCAACCACUUUCCCCACUGUACUGUAAUCAGGACUUGUGCAAAGAUUUAUUUUUUUAUUUUUAAGUCUGGAAUGAAGAGUUACAAAGUUUAAGCUCAACAUGGAUGUGAGAAAGAACAAAACAAAGUCAUGAUGUUAAAGAACGUUCAGAUUUCACAAGGACCAGGAUACUCGCGUUGCGGCUGUGAAGUCUUUACCUAAAAUCUGGGGUGACUGGAUGUCAUCUGUGUCGUGGAAAUGAUAUCUGACCGCUGCCGGUCUCUGCUCACAAGUGGUAAAGCUCAGCCUGAGGUGCAGAGUGGGUUUGGAUGUGAGGUGUGUGUGUGGAGGUCACCAAGGGCUCUAUGAAUGGAGAGAGACCUGUAGAGACCUCCCGCAGGGUACCUGUGCCAGCAGCAGGAUAAACCAGCUGUCUGUCCGGCUACAUCGCUGGGGGCCGAAGCCUUGGGUGGCACCAUUACUGAACUGUGAAGCCCCCAAAUGAACCCGUCUAUGAUGAAUGUGUGUAGAAACCCCGCCAAGUCCACAGCUUCAUGCGUGUUGCUAGUUUGCCACGCACCCGUAAAAAAAAAAAAAAAAAAAAAAACA